AUGUCAACUCAUAAAACUAGUAGUAGCAAAACAUCCGUUAAUUCUUCCUCCUAUAGUAGUAAUGAUGGUGUGGUUUACACUACCACCACCACCACAAAAACUACAAAAAAUCAAGUCGAUGAUGGUAAUAUAGAAGUAGAAAUAACGAAUGAAUCAUCUUCCAGAGAUCAAGUUUCCUAUUUGAAACAUGAUAAUGAAUCUUUACCUGAUGAUUUCAAUUUCUUUGUCAAGCCAAAUCAAUCUGUUGAUUAUAAAUUAUCAGAUUGUAGUGGCAAAAAAAAAAGUUUGCUAAUUGGAAUUAAUUAUUAUAACACUUCUUACACAUUAAAAGGAUGUAUUAAUGAUGUACAGAAUAUAAAAAAGUUCAUAAUUAAUACUUAUGGGUUUAGUGAAUCUAAUAUGCUUAUAUUGACCGAUGAUCAACUUGACCCUUCAAAAAUACCUACUAGAGAAAAUCUUUUGAAUGCUAUGAAAUGGCUUGUUUCAGGUGCUCAAAAAGAUGAUUCUGGGCAUGGUGGUCAAUUAGCAGAUUCUACUGGCGAUGAAGAAGAUGGUUUUGAUGAAACUAUUAUGCCAGUUGAUUUUCAAACAAAAGGUCAAAUCAUCGAUGAUGAAAUGCAUCAUAUUCUGGUAGAAUCUCUUCCACUUGGCGUCAGAUUAACGGUAGUUUUUGAUUGUUGUCAUUCAGGAACCGUUCUCGAUCUACCAUACGUCUACUCAACUCGUGGUGUAAUCAAGCGUCCAAAUUCCUUUAAAAAAAAUGUGUUUUCGGUUGGUAUAAAAUAUUUACAUGGAGAAGUCGAAGGGUUGAAAAGUACUCUGUCGAAUGCGUUCUCUAGUUCAAAAAUUCGUAGAAAAAAUAUAGCAACAAAGGCGAGUCCUGCUGAUGUUAUAAUGUUUAGUGGGUGUAAAGAUGAACAAACAUCUGCUGAUGCACAUGAAGCAGGUCAAGCUACUGGCGCAAUGUCUCACGCUUUGGUUAAAUCUUUAACACAGAAUCCACAUCCUACAUACAAAGAGCUGUUAAUCUCGAUUAGAGACAUUCUUAAAGCAAAAUAUGCUCAAAAGCCUCAAUUAAGCGCAUCACAUGAAAUGAAUAUGAAUGAUGUUUUCAAAAUGUAA